AUGAAUUCUCUCUUUUUCAAAACACCCGUGAACAGCCAACGUCGUAUCGCGCACCUCGUCAUGUCUUCGCCCAUGGAAGAUGAACAUCAUUCCGACACAAGAUCCGUCUCUUCCGUCGACAGCUUCGAUCCCCCUCCCACAAUUGAGGCAGAAACAAUCACCCAGAAACAAGUCCUAAAAGAGAUGGGAAAUCUCGUUCAUCAACUCUACGAUCCCGAAAUCUGCCAGCAUCCUGAAGUCUACCAGGAAACCCUCAGACCCCAAAUCGCCAAGCUUGUCAAGGACGACCACAUCCUUUCCGUCUUACCCAAAGACCUAAAAGUCCAGAUCUCUAGGUGGUGUGCCCUGUACCAACCAAAAUGGUGCCCACUGGUCAAUCGCCUUCUGAACCAUACUGUCGAAGAGUGCCAUUAUAUGGUUGAAACUCCAAACAGACUCAGAGACAUGGAAUGGACGGGUGCUGGGUCUGAUGUUUUGAGGGUCUAUGUGGCUCUUUUGAAGCCACUGCGGAAAGGCCUUCCCGAGGCGGAACGCCGAGAUGUGAUCAACACAGUGAGAGAAGGUCUCAUGACCUUUGCGGAUAUAUAUGACGAGAAGAUUGGUGCAAUGAAGGAGGAAAACGAUCUAGCCGACUAG